AUGGGCAAGAAAGCCGGUGAUGCUGAGCAGGCUGGACGCCUCCCUGAGACGUCAACCAGCAACGGCGCCGCGGUUCGUCGAUGCACCGCUCAAGUGGGCGCGGCUCUCAGCGCUAAGUGUGUCGUCGCGUUGGUCCUCGGUGUCGUCGUCUUCCUCUCGGCCUUCUUCAUGCUCCUUCAAUUCCGAUCACCGGGGAACAGCGUGCCUGAUGCCCCCGGCACACUCAUCGAUGAAAUUCAGGCUGGUUUCAUCUUGUUGAAGCCACUUGCGCAACUCACUCCACAUGCCGCCGAGCUACAACAAGAGAUAAACCGUCAAAUUGGAGUCCCCAACACUACGGUUUCCGUCUCUAUGCAGGCAUUAUUCCUGAGUUUCACUGCUGUAGAAUUUGAUGUUCUUCCUGACCCAAUAAACACCUCCAUAAGUGCACGAUCCAUGCACGCAUUGAGGAAAAACUUGAUCCAGCUUACACUUCAGCAGGUGAAUUUAUCGCUGACACCAUCGGUCUUCGGAUAUCCAUUGUGCGUACAGAUGAUGGGGUUCCCAGGAGGGAUCACAAUAGAAUUAGAACCCCUACAGGAUGAUUCCAUUCUACAAGUUGCACAGCCUAUUUUCAAUGUAACGCUUGACAUGAGCAUUCGCCAGUUGAGGGGACUGAUUGAGGAAAUGAAGGAGGAUCUUGGGCAUUUACUGGAUGAGGACAUAUACAUAGAUCUGACAAAUAAGAAUGGCUCAACGAUUGCCCCACCAGUUAUAGUCCAAGUUUCCCUCUCCCCAGAUGACGGCGUUUACGAAGAAAUGGGGAGGCUGAAACAGCUAGCUGAAAUCAUCACAGAAUCAAGUUCAAUGAACCUUGGCCUAGACCCAUCGUUUUUUGGUAGAAUCAAGGAUCUCAAGUUGGCUCCGCGUCUGCAAGCCCUCGUUCCGUCAUUUGCUCCUAGCUCAUCUCCAACGCAAAUGUCAUCCACUUCCAUGCCUCCGUAUUCACAGCCAAUGUCAUCCCCUUCCAUGCCUCCAUAUUCACAGCCAAGUAGAACCAAUCUUUGUGCACAUUGUUCAUGCCCUGCUUGGAUGAAACUAAAUGCAACCAAUUCACGUCGCAUGUUAAUGCGACUUCCUCCAAUGACAAUCUCUCUUCAAUUACCAACACAGCGUCAUAGCGGGAAUGGACCUGGGCACAAGCAAAGUGGCAAUGCAGUGGCAGCACCAACCUCCAUUGCACCAUCAUCCCAACCAUAG